UUUUGUCGUAAUUAAUAUUUAUUAUUUCUCCUUUAUGCAUUUUUUAUAUGCUUACGGUACGCUGUUAAGUAUGUUCGACUAACUUUUGAAGUAGGAACAGAAAUUCGACCAUGUGAUAUGCGCGUAAAAUAUAAAUCAGUGUUUUUAUUCACCAUAAACAGAUGUGAACGUUGAUACUCGUAAACACUCUCGCCAUUCACUCCAAAUUCAGCAGAGAAAGUCUUCAUAGUGUUCAAUGCUGAGAGCACGGAUUCUAACCUCCAAAUUCGUGUGCAUGCGUGUAUAUUAUUAGAGCUUAUUAGAUUUACACAGUAAAUAGUCGAUAUAUGUAGAAAGAGAAGUGUUUUUUUCGUGUAUUGUAAUUUCACCGUAUGUCACAAUAAUUCUCCUUCAUGUUAGUCUUAAAAAAUAUAUAACAUUUUCUUCUUAACAAAGAAUCAAGAGCGAUCAAGAGCAUGAUCUUUCUUAAGAAUUCAAUUGUUCAAAGUAUCGGAAACAUCCAUCACUUGUCACAAUCGUCUGAAUAUUGACGCGGCUUUUUUAUGACUAUUGAGAUUAUUUUGAAUUAUAAAUUUUCAUUGGUUGAUUUUAAGCCCGCCAAAAUAUGUCAAUUUUAUCAAUUUUGAAAUACGAUAAAAGUGAAAGAGUUGUACAAUAUAUUCGUGACAUGAUUUAAUAACGACCUUGAGCUUUCAAUACUAUUCGUGUUCUAAUUUAAUUCAUAAUAAUGUAUUCAGUGAAACUAUUUUUCAAACCUAACAUUCUUAUUUAUUUGACACGAAUGCCAUUUGUGUUUCUAGUAGUGAACACAGUGAAAGGAACUUACGUUCACUUAAACGUUGUUUCCCCUUAAUAAAUCAGUGACAUAGAAUCAGACAAACUCGUGAUUUCAUAACCUUCUCUUCUAAUUUCUAAUGCGUUUUUACAUUUAUUAUAAUAUUUGAAUUGUUUGCUUAAAAGAAUGGCUAAUUUAAGUGCAUACAAACAACAAAUACGACUUAUAAAACAAUAUGCUUUUGAACAUAAUAUAUCAGAAUCACAAACAACUGAAAUGUUUAACAAGUGCUUUCAAAUGCUUGAGACAAAAUAUAGUAAAAAAACUUGGAGUAUUUUAAAAUUAUUAAAAUAUAUUACAACAUUUAUAUUUGCAUUAUUAAUUAUUUUCAUUGGCCUAUAUAAUCAUCCUUCUUAUAAUACUAUGGUAUUGAGAAAUCUGCAGAGUUCUAUUUAUCCUGGUUUAAAAAUUUUGCGUAAAAUAGCUUUACCAAUUAUUGAAAAAUAUCCAAUGUUGUCAGAGUUAUAUGAUGAGUGGUGUUUAGUUGAAAAUCAAUUUUUUUAUGUUAAUGAUAUGGAUUGUUGGCCAUGUAGUAUCACGAGUUCGGUACCUGAUCUAACAAACCAUAAUAUAACUAAAACAUUUAAUAUUGGUAUUCCUUAUACAAAAGCAGAAAAUAAUGUAGCUGUUAAUAUGCAAGAUUUAUCUGAGAUAUACUGGUAUAAUAAUGAUACUUUUAAAGAAGAUUCUAAUAGAAUAUUUUCUAAUAAUGAUGCAUAUCGUACUAUCCAUGAUGUUAUGGAUAAAAGAUUGGACAUUUAUCCAUCCGAGUUUCUUACAACGCAUAUAACAUGGAGAAUAAAUCGUAUGAAACCUGGAAGGAUUAUACGGAAAUUGUUUCCAAAACCUAUGGAAACUCCUAAUUGGUGGGGACAAAGUAUAGAGAAAUUUAUAUUUAUCGAUGAAGCAAACUCUCCACUUUAUUCAUUGCCUAGACCUGAAUGCAGUAAUGUUAUAUUAAGAUUUACUGAUGGAGCAAGGUUAAUAAAGAUGAUGCCAAGCUUAGAGUGUCAACAAAAUUGCAAAACUUCUACGAUUCUUCUUUCAAAUGGAUACACAUUAUGGUAUAAUUGGUGGUAUUGGCGUCCAAUGAGUUUACCAGUUUCUAAUUCAACUACUAUUUCUAUAAGUUAUCUUACUUCAUUUUGUUAGAAUUAUAUUAAAAUUAAUAAUAAACAUGUGCAAUAUGAUACUUUUGCCAAAGUUUAUAAUAAAUUAUAUAUUAUAAUAAAUAAUUUUAUAUUUUGUA